AUGGAUAAUUCAUUUAGUUGUGAUGAAAUAUUAUUCUCGCCGUUAGAUAAUUCAACAAAUUCUCUAUUUGAUGAACAUCGACAACAGAUGUCCUUAUAUUUAUCAUCAACAGAUACAACUAAACAAACAAAAUUAUCGUCCAAUUAUCGUAAAAAACGAAAAUUAAAUACUAUUCAGCGUGAAGAAGCAACUGUACGUGAAAAACAUCGAAUGCUAAAAUUAAAUAGAGCCUAUUCUCAAUUACGUUAUGUAUUACCUGUUGAAAAUAAAUUUAAAUUAUCACGAAUUGAAACAUUGCGAACAGCUUGUAAUUAUAUUUCGAUGUUAGCCGACUUACUUAAACAAGAUGAUUCAUUGAUUAAUUAA